GAAUGGAUUCACUCCAUUGCACGUUGCUGCGCAGAAAAACCGGGUCAAGAUAGUCGAGCUACUCCUCAAGAACAAUGCCAUGGUAGAAGCAACCACUGAGUCUGGACUCACUCCCCUACAUGUGGCUUCAUUCAUGGGCCAUUUGAGCAUUGUCAUUUUACUGCUGCAACACAAUGCCAAUCCGAACGCUCCGACAGUGCGUAACGAGACCACCCUACACUUGGCAGCGAGGGCAGCACAGACAGAAGUCGCUCGUUUACUACUGCGUAACGGUGCGCAAGUUGAUGCUCGCGCUCGAGGUCAUCAAACCUCCUUACACAUCGCGGCAAGAAUCGGCAGUGUCGAUAUGGUCAACUUGUUGUUAGAACAUUCGGCUCAUGUUCAGGCUUUGACCAAAGACACAUAUACGCCGCUUCAUUUGGCAGCAAAAGCCAAUCACAAAGAAGUUUGUCAACUGCUGUUACGCGCUAACGCACAGCUGGAGACGGUGACAAAGUCUGGAUUCACGCCACUCCAUCUGGCAACCAAAUACUCUCAUCCAGAAGUGACGGCUCUACUUCUAUCACACAGGGCGGAUGUGAAUGCUUCCGGCCGGAACGGCCUCACCCCGUUGCAUCUGGCCACUCACUAUGGCUCAGUCGGUUUGGUCCGAUUGCUUCUGGAACACAAUGUGAGUCAGGCCAAUCCGACAAGCGAAGCCAAAAAUGGAUUCACUCCAUUGCACAUCGCGGCCGAGAAGCGUCUUGUGGAAGUCGCUAAACUACUCAUAGCUGCGCAUAGUAGCGUGAAUGUGGAAUCCAGAAAUGGGUUCACUCCCCUUCACUUGGCCUGUCAAGACGGCAGUCCUGAGAUGACGCAACUUCUAAUCCAAACAGGAGCGCGCGUAAAUGCAAAAGCGAAGAACGGACUGACGCCGAUGCACUUGGCUGCCCAGGAGGACAGUCUUGAAGCUGCGGUACUUCUCCAUGCGGCAGGGUCGGAGUUGGAUGCACGAACCAAAGCUGGUUACACCCCACUUCACACAGCCUGUCACUUUGGGCAGGCUAACAUGGUUCGUUUUCUGCUUGGCAAAGGCGUUGAUGUGAACGCACAAACGUGUCUUGGAUCAAAUGCUCUGCACUUGGCUGCCCAGCAGGGGCACUCGAAAGUGGUGUACAUUUUGUUGGAGAGCGGCGCGAACCCAAACAUGCGCAAUAAGCACAACUGGACCCCCGCUCACGUUGCUCGUCGUCAACAUUACCUCAACAUCUUUGAGGUGCUUCGUCAGGUUACCACUUGCGUAGAAUCCUGGGAUGCGGAGGAACAGGUCGAAUCCACAAUGACUGAAGCCGAUGGGUCCAAAUUCCCUCAAAUGAUGGGAAGCCGUCAUUUGUUGGAGCAACCAGAUGUAAUGGGCGAUCACCCGGUAACGGACACGGAAGAAGAAUGCGCCGAACCGGACUACACAGUCAUCCCGGCGUCGCCGUUGUUUUCGCGUAUUGCCACCAAUGGCUACCAAGCUCAGGUUGGUGUAACUGAUGGACAUGGACCCGCUGUGCCUCGUUCAUCCGCCACAGUACUCGGUAGAGGAGCGCCGGAUAAACUCUCUACAAUGUCAGGUGAAGACAGCAUUCACGAGAACCCGUUGAUCGAGAACGGGCAGCUGACUUGGCGCGAUGCGAAUGACGUCCGAGAUGCGUCCUGGAGCAUUUUACGACUCAACCGAGAGUACCUGGAGUCAGCCGGUGCAUUGCAACAGAGCCCCACUGAUUGGGAUUUCACUCCGGACAACGUGCCGAUCGCUCGGAAGCCAGUGACAUCCGGGUUCCUCGUCUCAUUUUUGGUCGACGCUCGCGGAGGCUCCAUGCGUGGCAGUCGGCAUCCUGGACUCCGGGUUCUGGUUCCACCGAGCGCGGCUAGCGCACCAACUCGGAUCACUUGCCGCAUGCUUCGACCGGAGCGCACCACACGCCCUCCACAGCUGAACGAUUCGGAAGGAUUGGCUUGCCGUAUCAUCGAGUUGGGCCCACAUCCGUGUUCGUUUAACUCUCCCGUGCUGUUGGAAAUCCCCCACUUUGCCGCGCUGUGCGGCCGUCAGCGAGAGUUGGUCGUGCUGCGUAGUGAUAAUGGUGAAGUUUGGCGAGAGCACUCGUUGGAGGCGACCGAUCAAGCUGUGCAAUCGGCUUUCGGACAGACAUUCGACACUCUAGAGACGAUGGAGGAAUUACGUGAGAAGCGCAUUAUCCGCAUCUUAACCAAUGAUUUUCCACAGUACUUGGCCGUGGUAAGCCGCCUACGUCAGGAGACUGCCAUGGUUGGAUCAGACGGCGGCGUGCUCAGCUCCACCGUCGUUCCACAGGUGCAGGCUGUCUUUCCCGAAGGUGCCUUGCAAAAGCGUAUUCGCGUUGGUCUACAGGCUCAUCCGAUUCCAACCGAACUGGUCUCUCGCCUAUUGGGUAAUCGUGUGGCCGUGUCUCCGAUCGUGACACUGGAGCCAAGGCGCCGCAAGUUUCACAAACCAAUCACUCUGACCAUACCGCUUCCCAAGACUGCAAUGCGAGGUAUGCUCAACCCGACCACCACCGAUUCCAAGACACCCAGUGCGCCCAGCCUUCGACUGCUGUGUAGCAUAACAGGCGGUACACUGCCGGCUCAAUGGGAGGAUAUUACUGGCUCCACUCCUCUAUCAAAGGUCAAAGAUUGCGUUUCAUUUACCACCACAGUGUCAGCCAGAUUUUGGCUCAUGGACUGCCAGUCUAUUCACGAGUCAACUGAAAUGGCCGGUCAUUUGUAUCGGGAGGCAUGUCUCGUGUCGUACAUGGGAAAGCUAGUCAUCUUCGCCAAGCGCAUAGAUGUUGACGAAGCGCUGAUUCGAUGCCUCUGCGUCACCGAUGACAGAGUGGACAAGACUUUGGAAUGCCAAGAAGGUUUCGAAGUCUGCGCCGCCUCACCCGAAGUUGAAGUAGCCGAGGGUCGACCUGUGUGGCUGGAGGCUGCGGGCAACCUUCUCCCCAUGACCAAAUCGGGGGAACAGCUGAGUUUACAGUUCCAUGCAUUCCGCGAGAACCGUUUGGCGUUUCCCGUUCGCGUGCGCGAUAUUCAAGCGGAUCCAGUGGGGAAAUUCGCGUUUAUGCGCGAGCCACGUCGUGCUCUGGGAUCGGACACUUCUCAGUCGAUGCAGCGCCCAAUUUGCACCUUGGAGGUCCACAUUGGGGCUGAAACCGGUGGCAAGACUGGGACCUCAUCCAUGGCCGAAGUCGGACUGCUUUCAUUGUCAGCUCAUCUGAACACACCGGCGGCGGCAUCGGCGCAAUCGAUUCCUUGCGUGUUUCCUAAGCAACAACUGGACCAGUCUGACGAUCGAGGUCUAGGCGAUUCACACGAUCGAUUGGCAUCACUGAACGCCGAAGAUAUCAUAGCCCGGAGCCAGCUUGACCUACUUCAGGUAGCAAGCGAGGUUGGCGGUGAUUGGCCCAAACUAGUCGGUGUCCUGUUGCCGGAUUCGAGGCUGGACGCAACCUGUACAGUGGAGCAGCUAGUCAAUUGGAUCACCCAAAACGAACCACAGUGGGUUGAAGCUCGAUCAAGUAGUCCACCUCCAGCCGGAGGUCUUGGAGGCCUCACGGUUGCCGAUCUACGCACCGACCAUGACCAGGCGUUGGCUGUUCUCCUAGCUUGGAAACAACAUAAAGGUGAUGCAGCAACAGGAAACGAAUUGAAUCGAGCGCUGCGGUCGAUUGGCAGGGUGGAUGUGGUGAAGUCGUGCAUGCGAGAUAUUCAAUGUGUGCUGGAGGAGGAGGAACGUACUGAAGCUUCAAAGUUGCUCAACAAGACUGCUUCCUCCGAUCAAGCGCAGCUCACCCCUCCCGUCCCAACUUCUACCUCACUUGUUGGUACUGGUACCAUGAUGUCCGAAAUGGAGGACAUUCCUGUUCACGAAUUCCAUUCUGCUCUGAUGGCCGAGAAACCUUUAUCUACGGAUGUAGAUGCCACCACACAAGAGACGACCGCUGACCGAGAAUUUGUUUCACAUGAUGUUGAGGAACCUUCUCCCCCGGCUGACGAGGAGAGACAGUCCAUUCCUGAGGGUACUGCGGACUGGUCUGGUGUUCACAUCUCGGAAUCAGAAGAGCCUUCCGAUCAGAAAGCGAUGGAAGGUGUCACAGAUGAUGCUGAGGAAGAGCACUGGCAGUCCGGCUCGCCGCCAGUAACCACCACUAGCCAACUGGGUGGUGACCCCAUGCUAGACCGUGCCGUGCAAGACAUGCUGUCGGCCACCGAUGACGCAGAUUUAGUACGGGAAAGCGAGUCCAUGUCAGCAAGUAUGGAAGAACCAUUCGAACCAGAACAGGAGGUGCCGGAAGUAGCUGAAAGUCAGUCAGCUGAGCCGCCAGCCAGCUCCUCCAUCACCGACACGCCACCAGGAACAGCGGAUCACGAACCAAAACAGGAAGAAACUUUUGCACAGGAGGAUAUCACCGCCUCUCCUGUAGAGGAUUCGCAGACUGCCCAACAGUCUGACAUGAAGGAUUCUCCUGCGGUGACCGGUUACGACGCCCCUGCCCAGGAGCCCACUCCGGAGGAAGGCACAUCGGUAGAACAACCCCCUGCUCUUCAUCUUGCCGGUGGGGAUACUUUGCAUUCCGAACUACCGGUAGAAGCAGCAGAGGCACAGUGUAACGCGGCCUCCGGACAACUUGAGGAGGGAUCCCCGAAUUCGCCCACCGCAUCCCAGUCUGGGGCUCAUGAUGAACAAGUAGACAUAAGUCCCCGUGAGGGGAUGCGAGACGCCGACCAGUGAUUGUCAUGGUGCAUGGAAGCGUAGAACCCCUACCCUUACCUAGAAUCCUGAUCCCUCCUCCGUAACUAUACCGUUUCUGUCAUGAAAACUUUGAGUUCAGUUCCGUCACAUGAGCUGUGAGGUCCCAUUCUCGCCUCCCUGAUUUAUCGCUGCAUUUUGACCGAGAUCGUGCAAAUCUAAUGCCGCUUUUUAAUUUUCUGUCCUGUUCCCAAUCAUUUAUGUUUGAAAUAUUUCCUAUGUUGCUUAUGCUUUGUUAUUUCUUUCACCUCGUCCUUUCCCAGUUUAAUUUUCGACAUUUUUUAUUGCAAGCAACAGAAACCAAUUUUCCUCAUUGCUCUCGUCCCUAUCAUGUACCCAUUACCGCCCAUAUUCACUCAAACCGUUGAUACCUCACUGCUAAGUCGCAUUCCCCCUCGAAUUCGUCUGUCCGGUUUGUCGUUACGUUUGUGAUCCGCUGCUGCAGCUACGAUGAUUUUCUCUUGAUGCAUACAUGGCAUUUGAGACUAAGUUUGCAUUUCCCCAAUCUCUUGAUGCAGCUGGAACCCUCAGUGUCACCAAUCAAAUGUGUCCAAUUUGUAUUACUAGUGUCACCAACGUAUCUUUGUUCUCCUAACCGCUUCCUCCAUCUCUACUACAUUACGUAUCACUUUUAAAGUGUUGACUAUAUAGGGGAGCCACGUCUUUUCAGAGCACUGCUGUCAUUGUGCACUCAUGUUGACUAUGGCACCACGUUCUCAUCUUGCUUUUAAUCAUGUGGAUUGUCGUUCAGCCCUUCGAACUGCAGACCAAAGAUUGAACAGGGAUCAGAAACCUGUCGUUUAUGCACAGAGUGCUCAUCCAGACUAAACGGAAUUUUAAAUCGCUCUGUUGUUGUUGUCCCUUCUCAUUGAUUUGCCACCGUUUCCCAGCAAUGCUCAUUAAUUUGCUUCUGUUAACUGGGACCCGAUUAUGACACUGAUGCUGCUAUGGCCAAAUCACUCUUCAAUUCAGAAAAACUUGAUGUUCCGCUAGCUCACUCAAUUUCGCCGAGCCGAACCAAUCCCGAACGGUUUAUCCAGUCUACAAAAUAGUCGCCAAUUGGCUGACUUAUCGAGCAGCACACGAGCAAUGCCUGAUUGGUUUGUUCUCUACUAACCGCAUCUGUUUUGUCCUUCGUUGUCGAUUGGAUGUGGUAAUGAUCGCGCUCUAUCCUCCUCCUUUUUCACAAAUGAAUAUUACUUGUCGCCACCAGCU